AUGGCGUAUGCCUAUCGUCUCGAACAUAAUCUCGAUAUCCGCAUCGGUCGCAUAUUCAAUGCUUAUGGCCCCGGAAUGCUCCCAAGUGACGGUCGGGUCGUUCCUAAUUUCAUAUCAGCAGCCAUUGAGCAGAUGAAUAUGCAAAUUGCAGGUGACGGUAAUGCGAGUAGAUGCUUUCAGUACGUCGGCGACUGCAUUUUUGGGCUGUAUAGUUUGAUGCAAAGUUCAUGCUUAAGCCCAGUCAACAUUGGUUGCGAUGAUGAAAUAUCUGUAGCCGACUUAGCUCACCUAAUAAAUGAGAUUGUGUCUCGGAAAGCUGCAUCCGCGCUGGUCGAUCUUCAGUUUACGAAGAAGAGCGAGGACGAUCCUUUUAGACGCCGACCGGAUAUUUCUCUGGCAAAGGAAAAGCCAAUGGCAUCCAACGGUCGGCUUGAAGGAUGGCCUGGAGAUGACUGUGGAUUGGUUUUUAGCGUUUUUAGCAGCAAUAUAGGUGUCGUCAAGGUUGACAACACGCAUAUGCAUAUCUUCAUUAGUUCAGGAAUAGUCCAAUUGAUUAUUCGUUUACUUGACUCUCAGACGUGCUUGAUUUCAACUCCAAUACAUACAUCAAGCAUUUUCGUGUCAAAAGCCAACAAUGGUGGGUGUUGA